AACAGGGUUUACGGUUGUUUGAUAGGUAUUGAUAACUGAUAAGAAACGAAAGUUCAAAGUCAAACUUUCUAAACACAAGCUGGGUUAGCGCUCGAUCGUAGUUUGUUUUUCUGUUAAACUUAAUUACUUAAAUAAACUUAGCGAAAAUGGUGGCAGGCAUGGUUGCAGGAAGGCUGGCGUUGGUAACUGGUGCUGGGUCAGGCAUAGGUAGAGCAACAUGUCAGAUCUUGUCCAGAGAAGGUGCUAUUGUCAUAGCCGCUGACAGGAAUUAUGAUGCCGCAGUGGAAACUAUCAAGACCCACACCGCUUUAGCCUCAGGGAGUAAUGAGGCUGAUCAUAUGGCAGUUGAAUUAGAUGUAGCCAACCCAAAGUCAGUGCAAAAUAUACUGCAAACUGCAAUCAAACAGUACAAAGCUCCUCCAACAAUAAUUGUGAACUCGGCCGGUAUCACCAGAGACAACUGGCUUCUGAAACUGUCAGAAGAAGAUUAUGACAGUGUGCUUAACAUUAAUUUGAAGGGUACUUUUCUAGUCAUGCAAACAUUCUCAAGGGCGAUGACAGAGGCAGGGCUGCCUGGCUCCAUUAUAAAUAUUUCUAGUAUCAUCGGCAAAUAUGGAAACAUGGGACAAACAAAUUACUCUGCAAGCAAAGCCGGAGUGAUUGCCAUGACACAGUCAGCUGCUAAGGAGUUAGGGAAAUACAAUAUUAGGGUAAACGUGGUGCUCCCUGGUUUUAUAGAUACUCCCAUGGUGAAAACUGUUCCCGAGAAAGUCCAACAAGCUAUAUUGAAACAGGUGCCUUUAGGCAGGCUGGGCCAACCUAGUGAAUUAGCAGAAGUGAUCGCUUUUCUGAGUUCUGAUAAGAGCUCGUUCAUGACUGGAGCGUCGGUCGACGUCACUGGCGGGUUCUAAAUUUGAAGAAUUUCGUUCGGUAACGAUUAAUAUAAAAAAUAGGUUUAUGGGUUGGCAUAAUAAACAUUAUUAGUUUUUUGAGUCCUGAAAGGCAAAGAGCACAAAACUUAAUUGCACAGAGGAUAAUAAUAGAAGAGUAAAAUAUUUUGGUACUUAAGUAAGAUUUUUUCUAGGUACUUACCUAUGUCCAAUUAGCGUGAUAUAUUAUUAUGAAAUAAAUAUUCCUUGUGACCCUGUGCUAUUGAAAGUUAUCAAAUAUGAAAAUAUACAAUAGUUCUAGUCUAGGCCUAUAUUGUUAUUCAGUUAAAUUUAAAAAAUUUUGGAACGUUUAGUCAAAAUAUUUUCAUAAAAUUGUAUACAAAAUUAUGAAAUUGAAAAUCUGUCUUCUGCACCUGUGAUACACAUACACUGUUACAAUGUUUUAUAUCGAAUAUUGCUAAGAUAUACAUACAAUAAAAUUGUUGUUAUUAAAAAAAAGAUUGCAUGUUGACUAAA